AUGUCCAACAACCUCCGCGUCCUCGUCGUGGGGGCAUCCAUCGCAGGCCCCACAGCGGCAUACUGGUUCGCCAGGGCCGGCGCCCAAGUCACGAUCAUCGAGCGCUUCCCUCACCUCCGCAAGGGCGGCCACAACGUCGACCUCCGCACAUCAGGCCUGACAGUGAUGCGCCGGAUGUCAGGCAUGGAGCCCGCCGUGCGCGCCGUGCUGCACGACAUGGAGGGCCUCAGCUUCGUGCGCGACGACGGCUCCCCCUUUGCCGUGAUGCGGGCGACGGGCGACCCGAACGCGCAGUCGGUGGUGUCGGACUACGAGAUCUUCCGCGGCGACCUCGCGCAGGUGCUGUACGACCUGACCAAGGACGACGACCGCAUCACGUACGUCUUUGGCGAGCAGGUGCGGGCCAUCCAGCAGCACCAGGGGCGGGCCCAGGCCACGGUCGAGUUUGCAAACGGGCUGCCGGCAGCCGAGUUCGACCUGGUCGUGGCCUGCGACGGGGCGACGUCGCGCACGCGGGCCAUCGGGCUGGGCUGCGGCGUGCGGGACCACAUGGUGCCGCUCAACAGCUGGGCGGCCUUCUUCACCAUCGGCGAGGAUCUGCUGCGCGGCGGCAAGGUCGGCAAGGCGUACAGCACCGUGGGCGGGCGGUUCGUGGCGAUCGGGCCGGACCCGGCGGGCGGCAGCAAGGUUGGGUUCAUGGGCAUCAAGCCGCGCGACGGGACAGACGCGACGCUGGCGUUUCGCGAGGCUGCUAAAAAGGGCGAGGGCGCGCUCAAGGCCUACAUGGCCGAGCGGUUCCGCGGCGCCGGCUGGAAGGCCGAUGUGGUCGUGGACGGCAUGAUGAAGGCCGAGGACUUUUACGCCAGCGAGCUUGUGCAGGUCAAGGCGCCGACCCUGUCCAACGGCCGGUUCGUCCUCGUGGGCGACGCGGGCUAUGCCCCUGGGCCGACGGGGUGCGGGACCAGCCUGGCGCUGACGGGCGCGUACGUCCUGGCCGGCGAGAUCAACAGGCACAAGGGCGACGUCGAUGCUGGUCUCAGGGCUUAUGAGGAGCGCAUGCGGCCCAUCAUUGAGGAUAUGCAAAAGAUCCCACCGGGGGUGCCUGGGAUCAUGGCGCCACAGACGGCCUGGGGGAUCUGGGUGCGGAAUACCCUGUUUAUGGUCGUGGCCUGGGCCAUGAAGUUCAAGAGGGUUUUUGCCUGGGCUAGUCGGUCGUUUGCCAGCUCGUUUGGAGGGGACAAGUAUAAUCUUCCAGAGUAUGAGUGGCAGAGCCUCUGGCAAAAUUAA